AUGAGGGAGGUUAUUAUGGUUGCAACUGCUGCUACACUUGGGAAUCUGUUGUUUGGAUGGGACAGUUCAACCAUUGCAGGUGGAAUGAGAUACAUAAAACAGGAAUUCCACUUAGAAACUGAUCCAUCACUUGAAGGACUAAUAGUGUCCAUGUCAUUUCUCACCGGAACAAUCGUAACAAUAUUCUCCGGCACAGUUUCCGAUAUGUUCGGAAGGCGUCCGAUGUUAAUAACAUCAUCUCUCAUGUAUUUUUUUAGUGGUUUGGUCAUGUUGUGGGCUCCGAACGUUCCUGUGAUUCUAUUUUCAAGGAUAUUGAGUGGAAUUGCAAUUGCAUUAGCCAUGACUAUAACUCCUCUUUACAUAUCUGAGAUAGCACCGCCUGAUAUCAGAGGCUUACUCAACACUCUCCCUCAGCUUUCAUGUUCUAUGGGAAUGUUUUUGGCUUAUCUCUUGGUUUUCGCUAUUUCCUUGAUGAAUACGCCGAGUUGGCGAGGGAUGCUAAGUAUUGUUUCUGUUCAUUCUGUUGCUUAUUUUUUUCUCGCCGUGUUUUACCUCCCUGAAUCUCCUCCUUGGCUUGUAAGUAAAGGUAGAAUAUCCGAAGCUAAGAGAGUUCUGCAAAGAAUUCGCUGCGUUGAAGAUGUUUCAGGAGAAUUAGCUUUGUUAGCUGAGGGAUUGAAUCCUGGAGGUGAAUCCAUCAUGGUAGAAGAAUACAUAGUUACACCAGGAAGUGAACUCAUUUCAAGCAAGGAAGCAGGGAGAGAUUGUAUAAAGCUUUAUGGACCUAAUCAAGGACAAGUUUCAAUGAUUGCACAACAAGUAACCGGACAAGGAAGCGUGUUAACGCCCGAGGGAAGCAUGUUUUCCGCUGCUUCUUCCAAUAUCAAGGACAAUAUUGUCAACAUAUUUGAAAGCAUGCAUGAAAGUAUUUCAAAAAUGUCGAGUAUGAGUCAUAUGGGAGAUCAUGAUAGUUACAACCUGCAUGCUGCAUUACUUCCACCUCAAGGUAGUUCUGGAGAAAUAACGAAGAACACGGACAUUGGUGGAGGUUGGCAAUUGGCUUAUAAAUCAAUUGAAGCGGCUAAUGGUGAAGGAGGAUUGCAAAGGGUUUAUCUGCAUGCAGAUUCUAGAGCAGUGUCGCUGCAAGGUUCUGCUGCAACUUCUUGUCAUGACUUGCAUGCAGAUCAAGGUGGUGAAACUUUUCAAGCAGCCGCACUUAUUUGUGAUUCAAUUCUUAGUAAUAAGGAUACGAAGAUUAAAGCAGAAGUUAUUCCGAAACGUAGAAGUUGGGAAGAUUUGUUAGAACCAGGUGUAAAGAGAGCAUUAAUUGUUGGAAUAGGACUUCAAGUUCUUCAGCAGAUUUCUGGUAUAAGUGGAUUUGUGUACUAUGCUCCUCAAAUUCUUGACCAAGCAGGAGUUGGAGCACUUUUGUCAGAUUUAGGGAUUAGUGCAGCAUCUUCUUCUAUAUUUGUAAAUGUCAUAACAACAUUCUGCAUGCUUCCUUGUAUAGCUCUUUCCAUGAGUUUGAUGGAUAUAACAGGCAGGAGGUCAAUAUUGCUAUACACAAUACCAAUUAUAAUACUAUCUCUCAUGACACUAAUACUCAAAGACUUAUUUCACCUAAGUUCAACCCUAAAUGCAGCAUUAACAGCAAUAUGUGCCAUAGUAUAUGAAAGCAUAUUCUGCAUGGGCUAUGGAGUAAUACCAAACAUUAUAUGUUCAGAAAUAUUUCCAACAAGUGUACGUGGAUCAUGCAUUUCAAUAUGUUCACUUACAUAUUGGAUAUCUACGUUGAUCAUCACUUCCUUGUUUCCAUUCUUGCUUCAAUUCCUUGGUAUUACUGGUGUGUUUGGAUUGUUUGUUGCUGGUUGCAUUGCAUCUUGGAUUUUUAUUUACUUGAAAGUUCCUGAAACAAAGGGUAUGCCUUUAGAAGUUAUAGUUGAGUUUUUUGCUAUUGGUUCAAAGCCUGAAACGCAUUGA